GUAGAGAUGAAUUUAGUAGAGGCCAUACGAAGUGCACUAGAUAUUGCAAUGGAUGAUGAUUCUACAUCAAGUAUUUUUGGCGAGGAUGUAGCAUUUGGUGGUGUGUUCAGAUGUACUGUAGUGAAAGACAAAUAUGGUAUUGAUAGGGUCUUUAAUAACUCUCUCAGUGAACAAGGCAUUGUAGCAUUUGCUAUAGGAUUAGCAACUCAAGGCUCAACAGCUAUUGCUGAAAUACAAUUUGCUGACUAUAUCCAUCCAGCAUUUGAUCAAGUAGUUAAUGAGGCUGCCAAGUUCCGAUAUCGAUGUGCCAGUCAUUAUUCUUGUGGUCGCAUGACAGUGCGUGCUCAUGGAGCUGUAGGUCAUGGUGGUCAUUAUCAUUCUCAGAGUGUGGAGGGGUUUUAUUCUCACAUACCAGGGAUCAAGGUAAUAUUCCUUCGAGGCCCUUGUCAAGCUAAAGGUCUUUUAUUGUCCUCUAUUAGAGAUGAUAAGCCUGUCUGUCUUUUCUUUGAACCAAAAGUUCUCUAUAGAGCUGCAGUGGAAGCUGUGCCAGAUAUUGAUUAUACUACUAUACCUUUAUCUACUGCUGAAGUCAUAGAAACAGGUUCAGAUGUUACACUAAUAGGUUAUGGGCGCCAAAUCAUGUGGCUACGUGAGGUCACAAAAAUGGCCAAGCAAGAGCUUGAUAUUUCUUGUGAACUUAUAGAUUUACGAACAAUAUUACCUUGGGAUAUAGACACAGUUACCAAGAGUCUGUCUUGUAAAACUGGACGAGUUGUUAUUGCACAUGAAGGCUCCUUAACUGCAGGUUUUGGUGCUGAAAUAGCCUCAACAAUUCAGGAGGAAUGUUUCCUUAACUUAGAAGCUCCUAUUCAAAGGGUUUGUGUGGACACACCCUUCCCUUUAAUAUUUGAACCUUUUUAUCUUCCAACUAAAUAUCGAUGUUUUGCUGCUGUAAAAAAAGUGAUGGAUUAUUAG